ACAACAAGAAGAAAAGCAGCAAACGGUUACAUUUCACCUUUUUCCAACUUUUUGGUUUUGCAAAGAAAAAUAAUAAUAAUAAUAAUAAAAGAAAACCAAAAAUAAAAAGCCAAAGAUGAAGCAUUUCGGACCCACGAAUGUCUCUCUUCCUUUGCUUUCGGGCCGUUUGUCACACAGACACGACCUCGUUGAAAUCCUCGCACAUCACAUCCUCCCAUUCUUUCCGCACAUCUCGCUACUACAAUUGUUUCACCCAAAAAUGACUUUCUUCUUCUUCUUCUUCUUCUUCUUCUCCUUCUUCUUCCUUCUGAAACUUCUUCAGGGUUUAUCUCCGAUUCCAAUCCUUAGAGUUAAUGCAAUCCCGUUUCUGCUGAUGCUGGGGUGAAAUCCCCCAUUGUUGGCCCAUUUCCCGAUCUGGGUCGAUCUCUGUUUUUUUCUAUUAAUUUCGAUCCCCAAUGCUUUCGGGAUUUGGUUGUGAAUGGGUUGCAUUAACUCGAAGCAGGCAGAGUCCGUAGCUUCGCCUGCUUUAGAGCGCUCGGUUUCAAAAGCAAAGGCCAAAGCCAAAGCCACUGUUGCAGAAGCAGCCGCAUCAUCAGCAGCCGACAAUAGCAAUGGCGGUGGUGGUGGUGGUUCCGUGGUUUCAUCGAAGAACCCAUCCGGUUUGCUGUUAUUGCGGUCUGAGAGUAGUAGGAAGGAGGAUAAAUCUGAUGAUCGGAACAGGGAGUUGAAAAGGCUAAGGAGAGACGCUUCUGUUGUGAAAGGGUCGUCUUUUAGCUUCAAGUUGGGUUUUUCUCAUAGAUUCGUAGAUGCCGAGCAAACCUCCGCUGGUUGGCCCUCUUGGCUUAGCACCGCUGCCGGGGAAGCCAUUCAUGGUUGGGUGCCUCUUAGAGCAGAUUCUUUUGAGAAACUCGAGAAGAUUGGGCAAGGUACAUACAGCAGUGUGUUUCGUGCACGUGAAGUUGAAACCGGAAAGAUAGUUGCCCUGAAGAAGGUGCGGUUUGACAAUUUUCAGCCAGAGAGCAUUAGGUUUAUGGCUCGGGAGAUAAUGAUUCUGCGCAGGCUUGACCAUCCAAACAUCAUGAAAUUGGAAGGUGUAAUUGCAUCUCGAUCAUCAACUAGCAUAUACCUUGUAUUUGAUUACAUGGAACAUGAUCUUGCUGGUCUUGUAUCUUGUCCUGACGUCAAAUUCAGUGAAGCACAGGUUAAGUGUUAUAUGAGGCAGCUAUUGUCUGCAGUCGAGCACUGCCAUUUGCGAGGUAUUAUGCACAGAGACAUUAAAGUUUCCAAUAUUUUGGUAAACAAUGAGGGAAUUCUGAAGUUGGGAGAUUUUGGAUUGGCAAAUGUCCUCAGCACAAGUAAUAAGCAACCGUUAACCAGUCGUGUCGUGACAUUAUGGUAUCGUCCUCCUGAACUUUUGAUGGGUUCUACCACCUAUGGAGUAUCAGUAGAUCUCUGGAGUGUGGGCUGUGUAUUUGCAGAACUUUUCUUGGGGAAGCCCAUUCUUAAAGGAAGAACUGAGGUUGAACAAUUGCAUAAAAUCUUUAAGCUUUGCGGUUCUCCACCUGAAGAAUACUGGAAAAGAUCUAAGCUUCCUCAUGCAACUAUGUUUAAACCCCAGAAUUCUUAUGAGAGUUCUCUAAGGGAGAAGUGUAAAGAAUUCCCAACAUCUGCCGUUGACCUGAUAGAAACUUUUCUAUCAAUCGAACCUUAUAAGCGUGGGACUGCCUCCUCUGCUCUUAUGUCACAGUACUUCAGAACGAAGCCUUACGCAUGUGAUCCAGCAACCCUUCCAAAGUAUCCACCAAACAAGGAGCUCGAUGCUAAAAAUCGUGAGGAUGCAAGAAGGAGAAAGCCUGGUGCUAGACUUCGAGAGAGUGGAACGGUAAGAAAGCCUAGGAGAACACGUAAAACCUUUCAAGAGUCAAACACUAUCAAUAAAUUACCACCAAAAGAGGACGCGCAAGAGAAUAGUCAGUAUAUUCGUAGAAACAAUAGCAAUACCACUGUACAAAUUCUCAAGCCAAGAGGAGGUGGUCAGCGUAGGGAGUCACUGAAACUUCCAUUUGAUACAGUUUCAGAGGCUUGCCAGGUUUCUGAUACACAAGGAGGGGACAGUACAUUCUCAGGGCCGGUGCCAGUCUCAGCAUCAAGUGGCUUUGCAUGGGCAAAAAGGCGAAAGGGUGAUGUUACAUCUGCGGUGUCAGACACCACAAGGAGCCAAUUCAGUUUGUUAGAUCCUUCUUUUGCAAACUCCGUAUAUGACAUAACCAAACAGCGCAAUGACUAUGUUCUCAAUAGGGUUGAUACCAACUCUAGAGGCCAUAACACAAAUGAAAUGGCCAAGGCUCCUGCACGGAAGCUGCAGCUGCAUUCGGAUUCUUUUGAUGCAUCUGAGUUGUACCUGUCCCAUGACUUGUCCAUGGCAGUCUAUGAGAGUGACGAAAAGGAUGCUUCUAGAAAUGACUCGGAGUGCAAGGAUGGAGAAAAGCAUAUCGAAUUCUCCGGACCCAUGUUGUCACGACCACAAAGAAUGGACGAUAUGUUGUUGCACAGAAAUGAAAGUUUUAUACGUCGCAAAUCAAGAUUUGAAAGAGAUAAGUGAUCCAGUACAGAGGAGAGGAUUAAAUUAUAGGGUUUGUUUGAUCUGUGGGCAGAGAGUUAUAGAAGCCAAAAUUAUGGGGAGAGCUUCUUGCUGCAAACCCACUUUUCGGCUUUUGGUUUUUGCCCCACCCUUGUAUUAUACAACACAGAAAAAAAAGGCACAAAAACAGGGUCAUACAAAAUUGUACACUACGAUUUUUAUCAAACUUGACUUUGUGCUCAACAAAAUUUUCUUCCCAACCA